AUGCCCUUCUCGCGUCCGAAACCGUUUGCUAUGGUCGACGACCAGAAGAUGAGUUCACAGGCUUCAGCUGAAUACGAAGCUCGCAGAAGAUCCUCUUCUAUCAAAAAUGCUCUUACAAGCAUGAUUAAGACCGGAUCUACCAAUCUCAGCUCGGUAAACGGCCAUCAGCGCCCGCGUUCCCAGUCAGGAGCGGCACCUGUUUCCACUUCACACACAGGCUUUGCUUCCCUGCAUAGCUCUUUGAUGUCGCACGGAGGCUCACCGAGACUUUUACACAGCUGCGACGAUCACGGAGUAGCGCCGAAUGAAUUGGCCCUAGCAGAAAAUACAUCAAAACCAGUGUUCAGCGAAGACGAAGACGAAGAGGCAGAUAUAGAGUCAGGUGAAAAUUUGUCAGAGCCUGAAGAGCUCCAUACCAACUUCAGCGCUCAUACCUUGAAAAUGCCCGCUAACCAUUUAAAUGGUCGGAAAUAUCUACUCGAGUAUCUCUCCGAAAGAGGAUUCCUGCAGCCGAAAAGUCUGACCUCCAACAGAGAUAUCAGUAUUACUCUAGCUACAUCCUCGGAUGUUGUCUUUUUGCCCACCGUUUCGUCUCAGGAUGACGAAUACCUUAGCCAUUUAGCAAUGCUGAACGGCUCAGAGCCUACAUUUGAAGAGACCACUGCUUCCAGUAGACGUGAGCCAACUUCAUCAUCCACAGCCCAUCAAAACUCUGAGUCUAGGGAGGGCGUGUCCUCAGUCUCACCCGGAGGGCCCUCGAUUGACGCGGACGGUAAGAAUGUUCUUUUCAACUUGGCAGUCAUCGUAUCAUUUAAGAGGCCAACAACAGUUACAAAAAUAAAGGCCGAGCUUUUCUCAAAGGUUCGAAUCUAUUGGCAGCAUGGAGUGCCACCAGAGAAAGCUACAAAUGAAGAAUAUUACACUUUAGGAGAAUUGAAAUGGGAACUUACAGAGGAAAACUACAGUCUUUUCAUCCCCCGUCAUUUGUCCACAAAAAACAAGAUCGUAGAGCGUACAGAAAACUCUAUCAAAUCAGCCUUAUUCAAGAAUAACGACGAUUUGCUUUCACAGAAUUAUACGAAGAGAAAGGAUUCCGACGUUCGACUCGCUUCGUCCUUAGAUACUCUUGACAAAGAACGAACUUUUAAAUCGGGUGAGUACGUGUUCUUGCUUCCAGUAUUCUUCUCCAGCAAUAUUCCAGAAACUCUUUAUCUGCCCUCUGGGCGAGUCAGCUACCAGUUCCGCUGUGCAACAAAAUUGUCACCCAAUAAUUUCACGAAUAGCGACUCGAAAAGUGACACAUCUUCCUCUAACUCAGCCUUGUCCCAUGCUUCUGAGGAUCAGCACGCAGAGCCAUCGAGCCACAACAAAUUCGCCGGUAACAAACUUUUAAGAAAAGUGCGAGAUCAGUUUCAGGCAAGUUCUGGUGAUAAGACGAUUGCACAGCGAAAUGUUAUCAAGGCAGAUCAGACAAUUCAAGUGGUGCGCAUGCCUCCUACAAUUUCCGACUUCACAGCUGACAAGCCCAUUUACAUCAACAGAGUUUGGAAUGACGCGUUGUCGUACGAGGUCUCGCUAUUGAAAAAGUACGUUCCAGCUGGGAGCAAGAUACCCAUCAGAAUAAAACUAUCUCCAAUAAGCAAGGACACUUCGGUGAAGAGGAUUCGGGUGAGCGUUAUUGAAAAAAUCACUUAUGUUUCCAAAAAUUUGGAGUAUGAGUUUGAUCAGACCGAGGCUAUCGCAAACGAUCCAUACAAUCCUUAUUAUUCGGAGUUCGUCUGCAGGCGUAAACAAGAGCGAAUUCUGCCGCUAUGGGAAAUACGAUCGAAGGAAAAGGGUUGUAAAGCAAUGAAAGAGGACAUAGUCGAAAACUGCCGGUCAGAAAAUCUUUUAUCGUUCUCUUCCGUACCGUUGGAGGGAAAGGAUGGUAGUAAUACCACGGAUAUGGUGGAUCCCUUGGUCAUUGAUUCGGAAAUAAGCUUCCCGAAAUUCACGGCCUUGGACAAGAGAACAUCGAGAACUGUACCUCCUUAUGGUAUUGAUGAGUUUAUGAAUGCACAAAACCCAUCACAUCAGCCGCAAUCUACUUCAAGUGGUCCUUUGCCCAGGAGAAACAGCGCUGCAUCUGGCGUAAUAGGGUUUUUCGCAGGCCGUCGGGUUAGCACUCCUUUCGCCUCGCGUCGCGCUUCCACGUCUAGCGCUGUCGAGCCCGACAGAUCCACAACAACUUUCAAGUCUUCUUCCAAUAUAAGAGUAAGUGCUUACAGCCGUCUUAACGAGCCCAAACGGGGUCUGUACUUGGACUGUGUGAGCUUCAAGAACAUCCACGUGAAGCAUAAGCUAGAAAUCAUGCUGCGAAUCAGCAAACGAGCCAAGGACAGCUCCAGCAGUGAGAAGCAUUACGAGGUCUUAAUUGAUACGCCAAUAAUUAUUGUCUCCGAUCUUUGUGGUAGUUCGAAUAUUGAACUACCGACUUAUGAUGUCGCGACUCGCAUGAACUUGACUGACACGAUUGCUCCUCCAUCUUUUGAGGAGGCUGUCUCUGUUCCUGGAUCACCUGUAGCUUCUCCUCUCGCUUCUCCAAUUGGAACCCCAAACGUUUUUGGCUCCUACGACCCCGACGAUUUAUCCAUAAACCAGUUAUCCCUCUCCAGGGCUACCACUCAGAACAUGUCUUCAGACUCUUCGGUAUUAAACAUGCCAGCUCAUCCAGACAGACGCUAUAGCAAUAUAGAUUGCCUGAUAAACGCUUCUCCUGGUGGCUCCGAGUCGAAACUGUUCAAGGAAACCUUCGAGUUUAAACAUUCUACUAGCACGCCGGGACCCACGCCAGGGUCUCCAAGCGAUGAUGACGAGCCUCCUGAAUAUGAAAGGUAA